AUGGUUAUGGAAAAAAAACUUGCUGACGACGGACCUACUACGGUAACACCUUGGUCAGUAUUAUUGAAAAAAGAAAACGAUGUUUCGAAUCAGGAAACUCUCAUUUCUUCUGAAGAUGCAGCAUCUUUGGAAGCAAUUAAGAAAUCCGGCCUUUGCUAUGAUCCACGAAUGCGAUUUCAUGCGACUUUGAAUGAAGUAGACGAUCACCCAGAAGAUCCCAGGCGUGUGCUUCGUGUCUUUGAAGCAAUUCGAAAGGCUGGAUACGUUUCAAAUACCCCUAGUCCUGCUGAUGCUUUUCUUCGCCUUCCAUCACGGGAGGCUACAUUGGAAGAGUUAUUAAGAGUACAUACUCCCGAAAUGUAUGAAAAAAUCACUAAAACUGAAUUAAUGUCUAGAGAGGAUCUCGCCAAUCUUGAAAAAAUUAGUGACUCCUUGUACUUUAAUAACGAGAGUGCAUUUUGUGCACGAUUGGCCUGUGGAAGUGCUAUUGAAACUUGUGCUGCCGUUGUCACAGGAAAAGUAAAAAACGCAUUUGCCGUGGUUCGUCCUCCUGGCCAUCAUGCGGAGCCUCAUAAACCUGGUGGCUUUUGCUUAUUUAACAAUGUCUCUGUGGCUGCUAGAAGCAUGCUUCAGCGAUUUCCCGACAAAGUUAAAAGAAUUUUGAUUAUCGAUUGGGAUGUGCAUCAUGGUAAUGGUACUCAGAUGGCGUUUUAUGAUGAUCCAAAUGUAUUGUAUAUCUCUAUUCAUCGUUAUGAACAAGGACGUUUCUAUCCUGGCACGGUAUAUGGCUGUGCAGAAAACUGUGGUGAAGGUGCCGGCCUAGGCCGUAGUGUCAAUAUUCCAUGGCCAUGCUCGGGCAUGGGUGAUGGUGAUUAUGUCUUUGCCUUCCAGCGCGUUGUUAUGCCCAUUGCUUAUGAGUUUAAUCCAGAUUUGGUGAUUAUUAGCUCUGGGUUUGAUGCAGCCGCUGGUGAUCACAUUGGUCAGUGUUUAGUGACACCGCCAGCUUAUGCUCAUAUGACUCAAAUGCUGAUGGGUUUGGCAGAUGGGAAAGUUUUUGCUUCUUUAGAAGGAGGGUAUAGUUUGGAUGCUAUAAGUGUUUCUGCUUUAGCUGUAGCGCAAAGUUUGAUUGGAAUACCCCCCAGUCGAUUGCAUACGGUGUAUGCGUCACAACAUGCAGUUCAAACAGUUGAUAAGGUUACAGAAAUUCAGUCGCAAUUUUGGAGAUGCAUGCGACCAAAAUAUAUACCGGCUAAUCCGGACAAUGCUCAUGUUAGUAGACUUCACGAUAUUAUACGAUCAUAUCAGGCAAAAAAACUAUUUGAAGAUUGGAAAAUAACCAAUCUGCCGAUUUUGCGCGAUUCCCUUUCUGAAACAUUUGCCAACCAGGCAUUAUGCUCGAAUGAUUUUUUUCAGAAAGAUGUCUUGGUUAUACUUAUUCAUGAGGCACCUCUUGUUUUAGGGGAUGGUAGAAAAGACUCCAAUGCCUUGAAGCCAUCAGAUUCUUAUUUAGUAGAUCCUGCCAGUCUGUACAUAGAAUGGGCCAUGCAACAAAACUUUGGAUUAAUAGAUGUCAAUAUACCAGAGGUGGUAACAGGUGAAAACAAACCAUACGAUAUGCUUGAAGAAACGAAGAAGUUAUGCACAUAUAUUUGGGAUAACUACAUAGAGCUUGCAUCAGCUAAAAAUAUUUUCUUUAUUGCAUCAGGAAAAGCAGCCGAAGGAGUAAUGAACUUGAUUGCUUCGCGUAAUGUGACGAAAACUGUGCGCUGCAUUGUUAAUUUCUUUGGUUCAGAACCACUUACAGGACUGAAAACUGCUUCUGAAGAUGAUUUACCAAGCUGGUAUUUCCGACACUCUCUUAUUUUUGUGCAUUCUUCAGACGAAUGCUGGAAAAAGCCAAAGAAAAACAAACGAAGGUACGGUCGUUUAAUUCAAAGUGAACAUCAUUCCGGAACAAGCAUGCUAGAACACCAUUACCGGGCUGUAACCCAGUACUUUUCACACUUGUUGAAAAAAAAUGGUGCAUCAUGA